AUGGGACAAAAAAUAAAUCCACUUGGUUUCAGACUUGGUACAACCCAAAGUCAUCAUUCUAUUUGGUUUGCACAACCAAAAAAGUAUUCUGAAGGUUUAGAAGAAGAUAAAAAAAUACGAGACUGUAUUAAAAAUUAUGUCCAAAAAAAUAUAAGAAUAUCCUCUGGUAUGGAGGGAAUUGCACGUAUCGAAAUUCAAAAAAGAAUCGAUCUCAUUCAGAUCAUAAUCUAUAUGGGAUUUCCUAAAUUAUUAAUUGAAGAUAAACCCCGAAGAAUCGAAGAAUUACAGAUGAAUGUUCAAAAAGAACUUAAUUGUGUCAAUAGAAAACUCAACAUUGCUAUUACCCGAAUUUCCAAUCCGUAUGGGCAUCCUAAUAUUCUUGCAGAAUUUAUAGCUGGCCAAUUAAAAAAUCGCGUUUCUUUUCGAAAAGCAAUGAAAAAAGCUAUUGAAUUAACUGAACAGGCGAAUACAAAAGGAAUUCAAGUACAAAUUGCAGGACGUAUCGACGGAAAAGAAAUUGCACGUGUUGAAUGGAUCAGAGAAGGCAGAGUUCCUUUACAAACAAUUGAAGCUAAAAUUGAUUAUUGUUCCUAUACAGUUCGAACUAUUUAUGGGGUUUUAGGAAUAAAAAUUUGGAUAUUCGUAGACGAAGAAUAA